UCCCCUGUUGCCAUUGAUUAUUGGCAGUACACAUGCAAACGCUGUCUUUCGCGUGUUUUGGAAUGAAAAUAACUGCAGUGACACCAACCGUUUUGUGGAAUGACGCAUCAUGUUGCUUGCUGGUGGUAGUGGAAGGACUGGGAACAUUCUAAAAAGUAGCCCGCACUGUUCGUGUUUGGAACACGUAUUCAGGCAUGUAAUCUUUCCUGACUCGAUACAGUGUUGCCAGGACACCAAGGGAGAGGGAAAGCUUUAUUCUACAGUAGGCUAAAGGCUAUGGGUGUGAAACUGCACUCACUCAAUUCUACAAAUAUCAUAGUCUUGUUUAAAACUAAAUACAAUGGGGACAUCUGGAACUAAUGCAGUCGAAUUCUCAGGGGAAGAGGAGGAAGAAGAGGAGGAAUACUAUGAAUUUGAGCAUCUACCUCCACUCCUUGAAGAUGAGGAGAAUGUGUCCCUGGCAGAUAUCCUGUUGUUGCGGGACACCUGUCUGAUGGAACAGGAGGUGUGGGCGGUGUGUGUGGAGUGUGUCCUGGCCCUGCAGAGUAUCGCCCCAUCGUCCCUCUUCCACACCCUGUGCAUCACACCCGACACCCUGGCCUUCAACGCCCAUGGCAAUGUGUGCUUUAUGGAGCAGCUCAGUGAUGAUCCUGAGGGAUCGUUUAUACCUCCAGAGUUUGACAAGACUGGCAGUACCUUUGAGGGACACAUGUACUCUCUGGGCUCCACCCUCUCUGCUGCGCUGGACUUUGUCAUUGAGCCAGAACUGGAGGCAGAGCUGGGGGAGGAGAUUCAGAGACUGCUGGAGCAGAUGCAGGAAGAGGGGCCAGAGGACAGGCCACUCCUGCAGGACAUCCUCUCCCUUGCAGAGGAAAAGCUAGUACAUACCUCUUCCACAGCCCUGUGCCGGAAACUCUCUUCUAUUGGAAGAAGAGUCCUGUCAAUCGAAUCUGUUGCAACAUUUCAAGAUGGGUGGGAUAGCUCUCGGGAGGCUCGAUGGCGGCAGAACAAAUCCAACUGGCAGCUCCACAAAAGCAUCAGCUCUGAGGACAGUAGCUUCAAAGACCAGUGCAUUGUCUCAGAUACCACAGCUGAGAACUCAGACCCCAACGACCCCAACGGACCUCUCCGGCAUCACAUAUGUGGGGUCUGGGACUCCACCCUAUGGGCUGACGGUAUGGGGGAUGUGGAAGAGGAUGGAUGUGUGAUAGAGGAGGACAUGUUUGGUUCGCAGUUGGAUAGCAGAUCUCAGAACAGUUCCCCUGUACGCAGGAGGGAUCAGGAGAGGGCUGGGAGGGUAAGGGGGGUUCUGAAUCGUUCCUGCUCAGUCCCAGACUCCAAUAAUCCCCCCGCACUCCCGCCCACGCCCCACGGGGAUAUCAGUGUCAAUGUAUCGGACCUCACGGAGAUAGGAGCUGAGGAAUGCAUGGGGCACAGGUCUGUUUGGAGGAAGAGAGGGGAUAGAGAGAAAGCCCCUUAUGAGUGCAGUGACUCCAAGCAAUGGGGCUCAGUGAGAGACAAUGAGAUGUCAGAAGGGGACAGACAUUCUCACCUGCCCAUAUGUGGUGGUGAAACAGAUUCAGACGGUCAAAAUGGAACACGUGAUGAUCCCACUUUGUCCCGCCCAGCUCAAGACCCGGAAGUGUCGGUUGACUCUGCUUGCAACGUGACUUUAACCUCAACCCUUCACACUUCAAAUAAUCACAUGACUAAAAGCAUGCUGUGCCUCAAUGAAACAUCUCAAGAUGAGUGGAUCUCUCUGAGGGAUCUACUCACACAGAGUGGGCAGAGAUUGUCUGUUAAUGAGCUAUGGGCCCUGUGUCAUACCUGCCUCUCCACACUGCAGACGUACUUAGACUACCCAGCGUACUUAUGCCUGGACACAAUGUAUGUGGGUUGUCAGGGAGAAGUUCUCUUCUUGAAACCUAAAAACACAGGAUCCUGUGAUGCAUUUUAUCUGGCGCCUGAAUUCCAGGAGCAUGGAAUCGUAACUGAAAAGGCCUGUGUCUAUGGGGUGGCUGCCAUCCUAUGGGCCACGGCCAAGUUCAAUCUGUCAGCCAAUCAAAAACUGACUAUGCCCAGCAAGUUGAAGAGGCUGCUGCUGGAGAUGGCCAAGAGGACGCCCUUCGAGAGACCCUCCAUUGCCAUAGCUAAAAAGAGCUGUUGUGAUUAUCUAUCACGCCAAGGAACGAACUCUGAGACAGUGUGGACGAAGCUGAUCAACAGAGUCCACCCGCCACUCACAAAGGACAUUGAUGCAGAGGAUCAGAAUGGAUUGGACAGUAGAGGAAGCUCAAGUCAGGAAUCAACACAUAUCAAGAGUGGGUUUGUGCCCAUGGCUACUGAGAGCCGAUUGGCUCCUGUACCUGGCCCUGUUCCCCAUAGCUAUCCAAUCAGUGGAGCCCCCCAGCUUCCAGAGGCCUUCACCUCCCCUGCCACACACUUCACCCCCAUCGUCCUGACCAGGGAGGGGGACACUGAGGAAGAAACUCCCCUGUCUGCUUCAGACAUUGAGGGGACUAUAAGUGAAGUCACAAGAGGCAGUGACAUCCAGCCUAUGCAAGAGGCCAAGGACCCAGAAACUCUCUUACACCUUGAGGACCUACCCCUACCUCAGUCAGAUAGAGACCUACAGGACAACGGACAGGACAGCCCUGUCAAUCAAAACAACGUGGUCACACGCCACUCCUCCACCACCACCUCUAGCGGCAGGACAUUGGUCAACUCUCCACCUCCCGCCUCCCCCAAACUGACCACCCAGUUGUCUUUGUCUUCCUCUUUCCAAUCGUCAUCCUGCUCUCAUCUGACUGGUGGUGGUGUUUUCAACAACUUCCUCUUGCGUCAUGACCCACUAACAGGGCACCUAACCCUGGUGCCGGUGCAGAUAACAGUCGCUGAGUCUCUCCAUGGACUGGAGCUCAAUCUGUCCCUGACCUCAAGCUCCAGCUACUUCCAGGGUCAACCUACACAUCCAGGGGGCCCUAGAGACCAUCUGACCCCUCGUCAGGGAGCUGAACCCCUGCUGGCUUGCCUUAAUGGCAGCACCUGCAGCAGACCCUUGGACCCCUUAGUGUCCAUGUCCCAACCCCACAAUGGAGAGGAGGAGAGGACAGGAGAAUGUGAGGAUGAACCCCUAUCAGAGUCCCAUGGACCUCCUCAGGGAGACUCCCAUCCUCACCCCUCCCCACUGAUGCACCCUUCCCUACAAGAGGUUAUUGGCCUGCUCAGGGCAGAGUUUGCCUUUGAUGGCUAUCUGGAGAAUGGUGUGGAGGAUCUAGCAAUGGGGGAGUAUAUUCUGUCUCUGAAGGACCUACAGUACCAGACGUUCUGCAAUGUUGUGAAAGAGAAGUUCUGUGACCUUUACUGGGAUGAGGACUUAUUGGGAGUGCUACAUUGUGUGGUCAACUACAGCCAAUUCUCUCUAGGCUCUAAUGAAGGGUCACCAUCAAAGCCUUGGCAAAGGGCAGCCACCUCACCCAUGAGUGCUGCUGGCUGGAGAGGGGAGGAGAGGGACGCACCGCGGCGUGGUCAUGUCGACCUGAAUGGCAACCUGCACCACCGUGGACCUGUAGCUUCAGACGCGUGGGAGAAAUUUGAGAGAGACCAGAGGCCCCUGUCUACACACAGAGUAACAGAGACUGAACCUGAACAUAGAGAUACCGUAUCAGAGGAAGGUCAACAUAAUGGCUGCCCAGGAUUGAGAGCUGCUGAGUGUUUGGGUAAGGGGGCCAUGGAGAGUGCCGAGCAUCCAGGGGGGGUCAGCGAUGAAAGCCCCUCUGAAGCUGACUCUCUGUGGGGGACUGACGAGCCACUGAGGGUGGGCCACCUAGGCCAGAGGAGCCCUGACUGCACCGAGGACAUGGAGGACACAGAAUCUCUGGUGUCUGAGCGUCUCCUCUCCCCCUGCUCCGGAGCAGAGGAGUCUAGCCACAGCCUCAGCCCAGCCUGGGGCCUGGCCUUCUAUGGAGAAGACUGUUUUAGUCAUGAUGUGGUGGAAUAUGCUAUAACCCUGGGACAGCACAGUGAGUCACCGUGCCUGGAGCUGAAAACACAGGAGCUUCAACAGCAGCACAUGAUCGAGACGAAGAAUCUCAAAAAGACCCGAAAUUUCUACCAAAAGCUGCUCCAUCAAGAGAGAAAAAACAAAGGUUCAGAGGCUAGAUUGAUGCUGUCCAAACUCAAGGUCCAGCUUGUGGAGUUGAGGUCCAAAGUGGAGUUCCUUGACUGUGUAAAGAAAUAUCUUGAGGUUCUGAGUGUGGAUCAGUGGGGUAUGGAUGUGUCCCUCCUCCCCUCCCUGGCAGCCUCUGGUCCAGGGAGCCCUCUGGAUCUCCAGCCCUCAGAGGAGCCUGCCGUGCUGGGAUUGGUGUCUUUGUCUGGGGCAGGGAGAGGGAAGAGCAGCCUGCAGUCCGCCACACCCCUGGGUCUCAUGUCCUACCUCUAUGCCAGCAAUGCUCCAUUGGAGGGCUACAUCCAACAGUUCCUGUACACGUUCCGCUAUUUCUGCACCCCUCAAGAACUCCUUCAGUUCCUGAUGGACAAAUUCACCAAUGCAGCAGCAGCAGGAGGUGGUCCAGAUGUGUCAGGGGACCGUGCUAAGGUGUACCAUCGGAGUCUGGACGUGCUGCAAACCUGGCUGACUGACUGCAGAAUGGUGGACUUCAGCCGCAAGUCCAGCCUGCUGAUGACACUGAAAAACUUUCUCACCAAUGAAGUGUCUCCAGUAGACAGCAGAGGAGAGAGGCUUCUGACCACUCUUCAGAGCUCUCCCAGGAAGAGGUGGAGCCAAGGCUGUGGGAGCCCAAUCAGCAUGCAGGAGGAAGAUGAUGCACUGUCUGUCCAUACCUUAUGCAGAAAAUCAUAUAUUGAGGACUCUGGAAGGAAGAGUUUCCAGUGGAGAAUAUCCAGGGUGGUGGAGCCCCAGGCGACCCAGACCAAAGACCAGGCCUACUCCAUAGCAGCAGCCCUGCCGCGGCCCUGCUACACCUCCCUUAUGGAUGACAUCUCCAGUGCCCGCCUCAGAAGCGAGGAGAGACACCCCUUUAGUCAGAGUGAACACAGCGCCCAACACACGGCACAGCAACUCACUCUACUGCAGCAGGAAAUGUUUCAAGGCUGUCACCCCAUUAAUUUCCUCAACUCUAGAGCUCAAGGAGUCGGGGACAAAUCUUUUAGUGUCACCAAACAUGUGUCACACUCUAUACUUCCAGUAGAAGGCAGUAGUUUAUUUGUUAAUGAGGAAACGCCACAGGACAGCCACCUCCAACAGCUACUGAGAUAUGCUGACAGCGUCUCCAACUGGGUCUCUGCUGAAAUCGUCAUCUGUGAUUCGAUAAAGACCCAAGCGGCUUUGCUCACCAAGUUUCUGUUAAUUGCCAAACACUGCUAUGAAUCGAGAGACUUCGCCACGGCCAUGCAGGUCCUUGGAGGCCUGGAGAAUGUUUUUGUCAGGCAAUUACCCGCUUGGAAACAUCUGUCUACCAAGGUGUGUGAGGUCCUAGAGGAGCUGCGAGCCGUGCAGGUCUUUCUGAAGAGUGAUAACCUGUGUCUGAUGGGAGGAGAGCAUGUGAGGAGGAGACCCACCCUCCCUGCUGCCCACAUCCUGGCCAUGCACAUCCAGCAGCUGGAGAUCGGAGCCUUCACUCUGACCAGCGGCGCCUACAAGUGGCCAAAACUUAGGACCAUAGCGAAGGUGGUGAGUCAGGUGCAUGCGUUCCAGGAGACAGUGUACUCCUUCACUCCUGACCUGGAGCUGCAGGCCUAUCUAAGACUACGCAUCGCCCACCUCAGCGGCUGUGACAUCCCCCUGCUGGCUGCAGACAACGAGGCCAACUUCCACCACACCCCCACUGACCGACACACCCGCAGGAUCCAGGACACACUGAAGAGGGUGAAGGCCACCUUCCAAUGACCUACAGCCUUGCCUGAUCUAGGAUCAGUUUUGCCUUUUAGAUCAUAAUUAAUAUGAUUAUAUGGACAGAGGGGACCUGGUCCUAGAUCAGUACUCCUAAUGCUUUAUGAAUUCAGGCCCUGGUCGGACAACUACUCAAAAGACCCCAAACCCCUCACUGAGUUACUUUGGUAGCAGAGACUGGGUGGGUGUCUCUAUUUAUUGGUAAUAACUUUGAUGAAGACAUUAUGAGGACAGUCUUUAUUUGAACUCAAUGACGGAGCCACAUGAAGGCAUCCAAGGUUCAGCGGACUUCACUCUGAUUGUAUACAGUGAGAAGUCGAGCUCAAUCCCCCACAUUGCACCCCAUAGCCUGACAAUCCAUUGCACACCUCCAACUCCUUGAUUAUCUCCAAAGUAGAGUACAAAGUAAUCUGAAACAUAUCAUUGUUUCUUUUGAUGUUAGAAUGAGUAGAAAACAGUAUUCGACUUUUUAAAAUCCUUCUGGUGGAGGCAUAUGGAUCACAUUUCUCUCUCGUGUACACCAUUUUGAUUGCUAGUCUUUAAGACAACAUAAUGAUGAUAAUGUUUCAUAAUGAGAUGACAUGUCUUUAAUUGUGUUGUCAUGUAUUAUAGCUCAAUUCGAUUUUAAAAGUGAGAUAUUUUGAUACAAUCACAGAUAGAUAAUGACCAUUUUCAACUCUCCGGAGCACCAUCUAAAUGGUUGCACCCCUUUUGUAGUCCCGGGGAUACAUUUCCAAAUAUAUACAGUACCAGUCAAAUGUUUGGACACACCUACUCAU